AUGGCUUCCAAUGGCGCCGUCGAUGGCUUCACCACCCCAAAUAUCCUGCAGGCCAUGCUGACGAUGCGGAGUGGUGACUCCACCAACAAGAAGGCCGCCAUGGACUACCUUCAAAAGUUUCAGAAGUCGAACGAAGCUUGGACUACCACAAUAUCGAUCUUGCAGGGCUCUCCCGAAGCCGAGGCGCAACUCUUCGCAGCAACGACACUGAAGGGCAAGAUUACCUACGACCUCGCAACCCAGAUACCCGAAAGCGAACAUGUUGCUUUGCGCAACCAGAUCCUAGUCCUCCUCAAGAAGUUCGCCAGCGGCCCCAAGCCCGUCCGAGUUCAACUAUGCGUGUGUCUGGCCAUCCUAGCCAUCCAGAUGCAGUCAUGGAAGGAUGUACUGCAAACCGUCGUUGCCGCCCUCGGAGAUGAUGUAUCCAGCCACGCCUGCAUCUUGGACUUCCUACGAGUACUCCCCGAAGAGGUCACGGAAGGCCGCAAAAUCACCUUGUCUGAAGAAGAGCUCAUCCAAAGAACAUCAGAACUGCUUGCCGACAACGCGAAUGAGGUUGUCGGACUUCUCAUAAACUAUGCACAGUCUUCCCCUGCUGCUGCUACAAACCCGCAACUAUUCGAGUGCAUUUCCUCGUGGCUUCGCGAAGUCCCGGUUAACGUGGUGGUCAACUCACCUCUUCUCGACGCUGUUAUCAACGGGCUUUCCAACGACAACUCCUUGCAGGCCGCUGCCGAAUGCUUCGGUAUUAUUUGCAGAGAGACCAGAGAUGUGGACGACAACCUCGAGACGAUCCAGGCGCUCCUUCCCAAGGUCCUCCAGCUAAGGCCGCGCAUCCAAGCCCUUUCCGAUGAGGAGGAUGUCGAAGGAUUCAAGGCCAUUACCCGAGUUUUCGCUGAUGCCGGUGACUCCUGGGUCUUGCUUUGUGCGCGUGAGCCACAACACUUCCGCCCGUUGGUCGAUGCUCUGCUGGAGUGCUGUGCGAGGGACAAGGAAAGAGACGCCAUUCACUACACAUUUAGCUUCUGGUAUGAGUUGAAGCAAUACGUCACCCUGGACCAUUACAUUCACGCUAGGGUACAGCUCUUGGACGUCUACUCUAAGCUCGUCGACAUCCUUCUCAAGCAGCUUGAGUACCCCGAAUCCGACGACCCCAACGAGUUCGACCUAUUCGAUGGAGAUCGCGAACAGGAAGAAAAGUUCCGUGAGUUCCGUCAUCAUAUGGGCGACACCAUGAAGGAUGCCUGCCAGGUGAUGGGUACUACGGAAUGUCUUACAAAGGUGCAUGAGGCGAUCAAGAUUUGGAGGGAGAAGUUUGGCGGCCAGGCAACAGAGUCAGCAGUACCGCAUUGGCAGUCACUUGAGGCGCCGCUCUUUGCCCUGCGAGCUCUGGGUCGCCUGGUGGACAAGGAAGAAAAUAUCGUCCUGCCGGAGAUUAUGCCGUUGUUGGUCCAGAUUCCUAUCAACAACGAAAAGUUGCGCUUCGCGGCCAUCAUGGUGUUUGGUCGUUAUACCGAAUGGACAUCGGCCCACCCCGACUACCUCCAACCCCAGCUCUCCUACGUUUUGGCGUCUUUCCAGACAUCCUCGCAGGAGAUUCUGCGCGCUGCUGCCCAGUCGUUCAAGUACUUCUGCGUAGACUGCAAGCAUCUGUUGGGUCCCCAGGCCAUCGAGCUGCAAGGCUUCUAUAACUCCAUCCUCGAUACACUCAGCGACCAUAGCAAGGAAGAUCUGACUGAGGGUGUAGCGACCGUCAUUAGUGUGCAAAAGACGGAGGAUAUAUAUAGCCUUCUUAAGCUUUAUUGCGAUCCUCUAGUCCAGCGCCUGAUGACCAAGGCCAACAACGCCACCGAUGACACCUCCAAGUUGGAGCUCGCGGAUCACAUCAACCUCCUUACCAUCUAUGUCCAGAACGUCGUGCCGUACUGGCCAAGCAACUCGGAUAACCCGGCUGUCCGGUACUGGCAAGAAGUGUUCCCUAUCUUGGCGACUAUCCUGGACAAUUUUAUCGACUUCGUCCCGAUUUGCGAGCGGAUUUGCAGAUGCUGGCGCUUCAUGGUUAUCUCCUACAGGACUGCCAUUACGCCCCUCCUCGGGCCAUUGGCUAACAAGCUGGCAGAGGGCUUCGCGAAGUCUAAGCAGGGCUGCUUCUUGUGGGCGUCGAGCGCUAUCCUGCGCGAGUUCUCAGAAGACCGGGAGCAUGUCGAGGAUGGCAUCGUUGAUAGCAUUUACGGCUUCUUCGAGGCUCAAGCGACCAAUGUCCUCCGUAUGAUGAGUGACAUUGCUCCCAUCGAUCUACCCGACGUGAUUGAGGACUUUUACCGUCUUCUCAUUGACGCCCUUCUUUACUACCCUCAGAGGCUGAUCCCUUCGGCCCUCUUUACCCCUAUCUUCCAGGCUGCCAUCUCGGCCUUGUCGCUGGAGAAGCAGGAGCCAGUGUCGGCUGCCCUUCAUUAUCUCCGUGAUCUUCUCACCUACGGCGGCGACAACCCUGCCUCGUCGAACCAGCAAUUUGGCGCAGUCGGCCCUCAUCUUCGCCAGCAUGUCAAGGAGCUCUUGCUCAACCAGGGUGAGGCGCUCAUCAAGCAGACUUUGGCGGGCAUGAUGAUCACAUUUCCUCGCGACUGCUUUGGUGACGGCAGUGGUGUUCUGCUGGGCAUGUUCGAGAUUCUCCCCGCCGAGACGUCCACCUGGGUUGACCGCACAAUCAGGAUGCUGCCGGCUGGUACCAUUACGGAUGCGGAAGCCAACAAGCUCAUGGCCAAGAUCAACGAGAAGCUGCAGGGAGGCGAUCGUUCGAACUUGAGACACGUCAGGACUCUGCUCCAAGAUUUCACGAACACGUACCGUCGCAGGUAUAUCGCGCCUAGAGAUGGUCUCGGCAUGUUGACGGCGGCAAGAUUCCACUUUGAGGGUUAA